UUCCCAGUCCUCGCCCUGUUUAUGCUCGCAGGCUACACAGGACAGCAGAAAGCAGACGUUGCAGUCGAUGCGCAACUGCAUUUUACGCAUUUUACAACGUUGAUUACGUAUUGACCCUUGCAACUUCCGUGCAAACAAAUACUGACGAGUCUUUGAAAACCGAACAUUGUACUCUAUAGAGCGUGAAUGCAACGCGGAAAAAUCAGACGAUACAUGUAACGUUUGUUUUGCACUUUCAAUGUUGUGACUAUCCGUUUAAUAAUUUGAAUUAAUCAUGUUUUAUUUAUUUUUUACGAAAAGUUGUUAUGGUGAGUUUACUUCUUCACUUAAUUUGCAUUCAUAACUAUUGUGUCAUUAUAAAUCAAAAGCCAUGGUUUUUCCCUUAGCAGCUGUCUUUUAAGUGGAAAUUGAAAUGUUUCCAAGGUGCGUUAUUAGGCGUGCGGCAACUGGAAGUUUUCAUUCGACGGCAGCGUUUCCUGGGAAGCAGCUUCAGGCGAAGGAGGCCCGAACUCUUGAAUCAGAUCCUAAAGGAUUGGAACCAUCGUCGCAUUGCCGGAUAGGGCUUCAAGAAUUUGGUAUGCAGAAAAAAAUGCUUAUUGAAUUAAAUCUUCAUAACUUAAUUCUUCUCUCGUGACGCACGGUUUGCUGGCCAGAGCUCGCGGUUUUGUUAUCUGGUUCGAAACUGACCGGUUAAACCGCGAAAAAAUUAUCUUGGGGAGUGCAAAUGUACUCUGAUCAUGGACCGACCUCUCCAUCUGUGAUUCCGCUUUGUUUAUCAAUUACGCAUGGGUAGUUUUGUGUGUUACGUACUUCUGGUUUUACAGAAUUUGAGUUGUUCAAGUGAAGUUGCCGAAGUUGUUCGAUCUCAUGUUAACUUUUCUAACCGUCUAUUUUCUUCUCAAUGCAGACUGAAGUUCUCGUGGGAAACAUUGCACUCGAUUUUUAGUUAACCAAAGAUCUCACAGAUAGUCAUCGUUUUCCGUGCGUUGAUGUCGUUUGCAACUCCGGAAGACUUGGAAAAAUAUCACGUUCGGCAUGUCUACAAUCAAAUUGCUCCUCAUUUCGUUGGUUCGACUCAUAAAGCGUGGCCAAAAGUCGAAGAAUUUCUUCUCUCUCUCCCAGCGGGAAGUCUGAUAGCUGAUGUGGGUUGUGGAACAGGCAAGUACUUGGGUCUUGCUCCAGAAUCCUUUAUUCUCGGCUCUGACAGCUGCUUGAAAUUAGGUGAAAUUGCUGCUGAAAGGGGCCACAAUGUUGUGGCCUGCGACAAUCAGAAUCUUCCCUUCAGAGACAACAGUUUCGAUGCUGUGAUCUCUGUUGGAGUCAUUCAUCAUUUUGCGUCUGCAAGGAGGCGCAUCAAAGCACUAGAGGAACUUUAUAGGAUUCUUCAACCUGGGGGAAAAAUGUUAGUGUAUGUUUGGGCACUUGAACAAGAUGAGCGAAAGUUUGAUGGUCAAGACGUCUUAGUUCCUUACACACAUUAUCAGAGGAACAAAGUUGCGGCUCGAAGAACACUGUCUACACCUGUGAUAUCAAGGUUCCAGUCACAGGUUAGAGGAUCACCGCGUUCGUCUGCUAUUUCAUGGCGAUCACGGCGAGCAUUCUCUCUUGAUAGCCGAGACAGAGAAAAGAAUCAACUUCGGACGCAAUCACCUUGUGACGAGGAACUCCACAAACAACGUCCUCUCCGAGAAAUGAUUCAAAAUGGCAGCCCCGGGAAAUAUGCCGUACUGCAACACGUUAGGAACGGAGGAAACACUUGUUCCUUUGAAACGGAACACAAUCUUGAUUGUGCUGACCUCUCCGAGGCUAAUCCUGUCGCAAAGUUUAAGAAGUUUCUCGACAACUUCAUAGAGAAAAUUUUUGAUGGCAAAGAAUCGGAGCAGACAGAGAGUCACGCUCAAGAGAAGUCCAAUGCCAAUCUUGUUUCCAUGGACACUGGCAAAGAGUUCAGCUCCAAGUUGUCGACUUUGCUGUCCUAUUUUUCCUCAGAAAACCGGGAGAAAUAUUUCAAGGGAGAGUUUCUUUCCUUGCUGGCGAAAAAACUGUUUCCUAGAAAAGACGAGUUGAAUCUAAAUGAGUUUAGCGAGCUAUCGGCUGAUUGCAAGGAGACUGGUAAUGAGCCGGCACCGGGGGGGAAAGGAGACAAUGUUCCCAGAAUGUCUCAGGCCAGUGACGUCAUCAUUUGCAUGAAUGGGAAAAGAGCUGAUGGACGCCAACCGGAAGGAAGAGUUGAGAAUGUGAACGGAGUUAGCCUCAGUGUAGUCGCUAGGCUUGUCGAGUCCUUGGCUUCCUCAAGCGAUGCAGAAAGUGACAGCUCUAGUUCCAGUGAUUAUUUAACGUCGGAAUCCAGUGCUGCAGAGGACUGUGACCGAGUGCAAACCUCGCUCGUUUCCCGCCGCAAAAAGACCUUUCAGCAUACCACUGUUAAUUGCCAAGAAAGACCCGGGAAGGUCUUGGCCAAGACGGCGGCUGCCGAGGACUCGCUGUCUUCAUCUUCGUCAUCGUUGGUUUCAGCAUCAUCAUCAUCGCUGUCAUCGUCAUCCUCAUCAUCAAGAAAGCCCCCCAAAAAAACAAAAAGCAAGCUCUACCAAAGAUACUAUCAUGUCUUCUGUGCUGGGGAGUUGGUCAAGCUAGUUCAAGAUGGCAUUCCGUCAGCUGUGGUCUUGAAAGAAUAUCACGACCACGGAAAUUGGGCCGCCAUUUUGGAAAAGACAGAAGUAUAGAGUGAUUGUACUAGCCUGCGAGCGGGCUCACCUUUGAGACACACGCGUAAGGGAGGGGCGAGUCGCCGACAAAACGAUCCGGCAGGGAGGAGUCUUGUGCGGAAGCUUCUUGUCUCCAAACGUGUCUCGUGUCGUGUCUUGCGUUUGUCUCCAAACGGAGCCUGUACGCAGGCUAUGAUUAUCCAAAAACCAGAAAAAAAAAAAAAAGAAAAGAAAAGAAAAGAAAGAAAUUUCGGAUUUUGUAAACUCACUCUAUCUUUGGUUUGAAAGUCUUUUUUUAAAUUAGUUUUAUCUGGCGUUAAACAAGAGCAGGAACAAAACAAUUUUUGCGAAAGGGAUUGAUAAGAAAUAUUUAUUUUAUGACAGGUAAAUUUUAAAAAUUUUAUAGCAUUAAAGAAGGCCAUUUAUAUUUAACACCAUAAGUAUAUUUUUUUGGAAUUUUGCCUUUUAUUUGCAAAUGCUUUGCCAUGUUGUCGCAUACGUUUUAAAUUAAAUCGUGCUUUUAAAGAUGUAUAAUUUAUGGAAAAUAUUUAUUUAAAGUUAUGGAAUACAUGUAGCUGAAUGUUAUGAGAGAGCUUAGCUGUAAUUUUACUAGUCUCCUUUGCGGUCCAUGUUUAGGUCGUCACGCAAUGUUCAGGUUGUCACGCAACUUUGCGUGACGCUGUUGAGAAAAAUUGCAUGACAUUCGAAGCAAGGCUUUGAAAGAAAAAAUGAAAACUUAGAGCUGAGUAAUAAGUAUUUGAAGUGUUUCCUAUUUUUUAAUGAGUUUAGCAAAGCUGAUUUUUGAGAUUAUUAUGAAUCAAGAGAAGGAAGAAUAAUUUAUUUUGCAUGUUGUUCACUAUAAAUGAUGUUGUUGACUUUUUAAGUAAGUUAAAGGCGAAGGGAAUUUUUUUAAUUUUUACCGUACAUUUGCGAUGUUAAUAAAAAGACUUGUCAUACCUGUUUCACAGGCUAA